AUGCUCCGUUCUAUGCGCGCGCUGCACCGCGCCGGCGGCGUCCACUCCCCGUUGCGCCGCCACCUGCACGAGGACUCCCGCGGCGACUUCCUGGGCUUCGUCAGCGCCAACGUCGCGCGCGCCGACCCGCGCUUCGGCAUGGACAUGACGCGCGCGCCGGGCUAUGAGCUGGCGGCGGACGAGGACCCGCCGCUGGUGGGCAACCAGAAGCUCGCCGACUUUGCCGCCCGCCACGCACGUUUGUCGUCCGCGCAGAUGCUUCAGGCCGACGGGUACAUGUGGGUCGGAUCGGUACUUUACCCAAACAGCAUUGCCCACCACGACUUUGACGUCGAGUUUUCCUGGGAGCGUGAUGUGCCGGAGCGCAAGGUCACGCUGGAAGUGCAGGACGAGAAGGACGAGGUGCUUGCAUCGAGACGGUAUACGGGCGGCCAGGCACGGAGAAUACGGAAGGAUAGGGAAAGGAAUGCGGUUAAGAGGGCCUCGAGGAGGUUGAGGAGAAGGGCCUCGCCCACGCGCAAGCCGGAGAAUGAUAUCCCGGACGGGGACACUUAAUGCAGUUUUGCGGAAGACGACUGGGUUUUGACGUCGUUGUCACUAGAGCGGCACUUCCUUCCACAUCGUGGACACCAGCUGUAGAGUACCAAUAUCAAGUAAACUUGGAGCACACCGAGUUUUAUACGGAA